AUGGCAUAUACAGCGGCACCACGGGAUCCACCACCACAAUCUCAAGGUUUCAGAUCUGUAUCACCCCGACCAGGAUACCCGAUCCAACACCCAACGCAGAUCCAGAUACCAGCCCAGUUAAGAUACCCGCACCCCCACCAGCAACACCGGCCACCACCGACAUCUUUCCCGAACCCUACCCCAUCCCGACGCCCCCUUCCGACCCCAAAGUCACGUCCGGAAUCCCUCCCGCCCCCUGCACGUGCUGCUCAGACCCCGGCCCCGUCACGUCCGGCACCUAUCCCGGCACCGGCCCCUUCACGUCCUGCUAUCCUCGCACAUGCUGCAUCCCUCGAGAGCACCCACAUUAAUAAUCAUACAAGACGUCCCCUCCCUAAUCCAGGUGCUAGAUCAACUAAACAUGCAAGCUUGGAUCUUCGUGCUCAGUUGGAAAAUAAUAUUCCAACAGAACCAGAUCUAAACAGUGCUGUAAGCUCCCAAACCAGCUCAUCUAGUUUCUCCCCAUUUUCUGCUGCAAGUGGCGCUUCAAGCUUUUCUAGUCUUGCAGCCCCUUCAUCUAGCACGUCUGCUUUCCCAAAUCAACCCCCAUCAGCUCACUCGAAUUCACCUACUUCUGCAAGCUUUCACAAUACGCCACCCCAUAGUUUCAGCGGCCCGGUCCCAGCAUCUAGCUACCCCCAUGUCGUUUCACAUAUAGAUGUGCAGGCUCUUCCACUCUCUUCUGCACCGGCCAAAUUCACCCCUCACUGGAAACGUGACCUGCCCGGGCCCGGGCCAUCACCACAGCCCAAUGAGUCGUCUUCACGUGUGGGUCCAAUCAUGGAACGCAGGAGCACAGUGUCUGGCUCGGCUGCUCCAUUAAAUCUUGCUAACAAAGGGUUUCCCCCUCCUGCGACAUCAACCAGCUAUUCCUCCACCCUUCCAGCAAGCCCAGAGCGCAAUCCCGCAAGUGUCAUAGAUCGUGCCCAGACAGUCAUUCAUCGCGCCCAAACACAAACAUCAUCCGGCCGUCGUCCUUUGCCGUCUAUUGGCAAUAGGUCUCCACCGGUACCCCCACUUCCAGGCAGUUCACGUAGUCCUGCCGAACUGGGUAGUUCACACUCGCCUCCAAUUCCAGGAAGUUCGCGUUCCCCUCCAGCUAUCCCAGGUUCCUCGCAGGGCCAGUCAGUUCCAAGCAGUUCGCGAUGGCCUCCAGAACCAGGGAGUUCGCGUGGUCCGCCUAUACCGGAUACCUUUCGCUCUCCAACAGUUGUGUCAUCUCGUCCUCUGCCUAUCUCUGGUAGUCUGGGAUCACCACUAGUGCCAGCGAGCUCUGUCUCACAGAGGGCACGUACGGCAAGCAAGGCACCCUCUACCUCGUCCACACUCACAGAUUCCUCCCAUUUAUCGUCUUCGACAAUGCGUUCGAUGCAUACACGGAUGCCUGCGACCACUGAUGAUGAGUCAAAUACAAGCGACGUGGGUGACGCAUAUGAUGAAAAAAUUGAUAGACGCCAGGAAGGAAGAGGAUAUGGUAACACAAGGGAAGACUAUAAUCGCCAGGAUGGUAGGUAUAACGAACAGAAUGAGGCUCGCAACAUACGUAGUGUGGGAGAACCAGGCAAUGUGUCCCCGCAAUACGGCAUCCGCGACCUCCCUCGGCGCGCUCAACCAUCCCAACCCCAAGCGCAUAUUCAGGAAAGGCAAUGGACUCGGACGCGCCCGACUCGCUCGGCGACUCUCCCGACUCCCCCAUCUCAGUCACCUAACGAUAUCCAGGAUAAUGAACCACAAUCGCUCACACUGCGCAUGGCCGCACUCGGACUAUCCACUUCACCUCACUCACCCUCGCACAACAUGCAAAUCGAUCUAAGCAGAAAUCCCUCGAUGCAGAGUUCGAUGCAAAGUUCGCGCUCAUCUUCGCCGAGCUUUGACCUCGGGAGCCACCCGCUUCUGCAGCGUGUGCCAUCUGCAAAGGAAGAAGAACUUGAAAACCUGUCUAAACGCCCAUCUUUACAGCGUGGUAAAUCUGUAAUCGAGGGACUCCAAAGGCAUCCUUUUGCGUCCGCCCCAAUGGAGAGACGGGUAUCAGGCAGGAGUCGAAGCUUGGUGCGGGAGCAGGAACGCCGAAGCAUGUCACCUGCACCUGAACAAUCCCCCAUACGUGAACCUUUACCUACGCGCAGCCAGUGGCCACAGAACAUCCCGCCGCUUCCCCGCGCACCGCUAUCACCUGCUGGAACCCGACCCUUUUCACCUGGUUUAAAUGCCUCUGCAUUUGAUAAUAACGUAAACAGCUCGCCUGCACGAUCCGCUUUCGCGCGUCCUGCAUCUCCACUCAAGAGUUCUGUGCCUCCGUCGUUUUCACGCCCUACAUCGCCAUCAAAAUCACCCCUACCGACACCCCCCGUACGCGCCGAGGCAGGAAGCACUCCCGUGUUCCCCUCCCCACGAAAAACGAGUGGCGGAAAAGGCCCGUUUGGCCCACAAAAUCAGGAUUCACGUUCCAAUUCACCACAAAAAUCAUCCAAUACGUACGCAUCGCCAACGUUACCUUCUUCGUCCUCCCCGCCGAAACUAGCCUACCUUAGCAACUCAAACGCACGGAAUGCGUUCCCACCCACCGCGUUCCCAUCUUCGUUCCCCACGAGUUCAUCUCAUUCGACCACAUCAAAUUCACACAUCAUGGAGCGUCAGCGCCAAAAGCAGCGUGCAUACGUGUCUACAUACGACCUCGACGAUGAGCCACCUGUUUCGCCGCUCCGCGAGCGUGUGGGUCUGCCUUCGCCUAGUGUGUCCCGCUCGCCUUCCCCUUCAGAUCCUGGGGCACGCGUGGGGGGACGUUCAAUCUCCAGAGGCCCCGCAAAUAAGGAUAUAGACUAUGGUUAUUGCAAUGAGGACGACGAGGAUGAGCGUUCGCCCUCGCCCAUCCGUUUCGCGAAGCGCUCCUCUAAUCAGUUCUCCGUAUUGGAGAUGGAUUUUGUAGGUGAGCAGGUUGCGCCGAGGUGGCAUCGCACGCCAGCGUCCAGAGGUGCUACAGAGCGUGGGGAUGAUGAGGGCAGACGCACGGAUGUGGGCGUGCCGGUCAUCUCUCUCCCUGGCGGGCAUGUUGAUUUUGAUCAGGACUGUGAUAAUGGAGGUGGUGACACGGUACCAUCGAACAAGACGCAGGAGUCGCCGCCAAGGAUUAGUGUUUCGAGCGCUACGCCGCCGAGAGUGGCGGGUUCGCGUGCUACGCCGCCGAGGGUGGCUGUUACUAGUUCAACGCCGCCGCGUGUAGCUGCUAACGCAUCAACGCCGCCACGUAUCGCAGUGUCAGGCUCGUCUCCACCUCGUAUAGCAGUGUCUGGAUCAUCAGCCUUCUUCUCCACAAAUUUCUGCAUUCUCACCGUCCUUGCGACAAAUAUCUGUAUCAUCACCCUCUACACCCCAGCUAUCUGUAUCCAUUCCGAGUUCCUCUCCAAGGCCACCUAG